UAUUUGUUAUUGUGUAAAUAGUGUUCAUUUAUGGGACUUUCUUUUUGAAAUGAAGUCUACAAAGGCCCAUCUCAAAAAGCGAUCCUUGCGCGAAUCUCCUAGAAGCUGCACUUCGAUUGGGCUGAAUAACCCGAAGUUUCAUAAUUUACCAAAAUUUUGGAGCAAUCCCAAAAAGCCAAAUCAUCAGGAGAUUCUUGAAUGCUGCUUUAGAUCACCACGCGACGUCAAUCCAGCUUCAGAAACAAAGUUGUUAACUAUCCGAAGAAAUCAGAAAACUGAAGAACUUUCUCUUCUUGAAAAAGAUAUAUCAGCUCAUGGUGACGACCGGCACUCCAUAUCAGAUAGUAUGCAACGGUGUGCCCAUUUGGUUAAUAAAAACAAUAAGUUGGAAUUGAAAUCAAGAGAAUGCCACGAUGGCCACAAGUUAGUGGGAAUUUGGAAAAAUGAUAAAUCCAUGAAAUGUUGUGGUCGACUGCACGUGUCCAAGAAUUCAAGAUCACCUUCGCCGUCUCCAAAAGACAUGGAGGAUCCGCUUCUAAAGGACAUACGUGACAUACAUAGAGAAACCCGAAAAAGUGCCCGAAUUAUACGAGACUCUAGAGUAAGACUGCUUGAAAUACAAAAGAAGCCCAAUCUAACGGAAGCCGACAUGAAGGAAUUGAGAGAACGGAAUGAAUUACUCCUUCGUGAGAUGGAACGAUUCGACCGACUUACUAAAAACAUUCAAAAGUUGGUUGGAACGCAAGUUUUAAAAUUGAAAAAUUCAAACGUCGAAGUAAAUCCCCGAUUGGAACACAUUUGUAAGAGUAUAUAUGAAAGUUCACCAAUGCCACAAGAACUGAAAAAAAGCCACUCGACUGUACUUCUAUCUCCAUUAGCCGUUAACCAUGCUGAAGCAUUCUGUGAUCCACCUAUCAGAAGCAAGUCUGAAAUCGAUCUUACACGGAAAUUGAACGAGAGUUACGAUAUGCAAGAGAAGUUGGUUGCGGAUAAUGCAGAUUUAGAAGUCAAGAGGUACAUCCUAUAUAAGGAGUUAGUGAUAAAGGACCAAAACUUAGAGAACUGUCGGGCCCAAAUCAAGAGGCUUCAAGGCGAAUUAAAAUUAAUGAACAAAGAGAAUUCAGUGCUUCAUGAGAGGUUGAAUAGAAAUAAUCCCGAGGGCGAUGCGACUGUGAUACAACAAGACCCCCCAUGUCACCAAGAAACAGAUAUAUAUACGCGGGACGGCGAAAAAAUAUAUGUAAAUAAAGCCGAAGAAUUGCUAACAAAGCUUGAUCAUUAUAAAAGUUCAACAAAGGAUCUUGAAAAUCAACUUGGACAACUGGAACAUCAAGUCUGCAAUAUACGCGUAGAAAUGGCCGACGUGAAAGCUGCAGGUAGCGCUUGCCGAGGUGGAGGUGGCAAAAAUUCAUGUUUUGAACAACAGUCUGGUGGCCCACCUGUUCCGCCGAUGACGAGAGCUUGUGGAGUCUGUCCUCCUUGCCCUGCACCAUGCAAUCCUAAUGCUCCUCCGACUCCUGCGGAAAGAGAAGUACAGAAACUUACCAUUCAGCUCCGUCAGACUGAAGAAAAUUUUAAGACCAAAGUCACCGAGUGCGCAGUACUACGUACAGAGUUCCUUAAAAAGAAAGAAGAAUUAGAAAAGGAACGAUGUCAGCAUAGAGAGGUCCAAAACAAGCUCAGAGAGCUGGAAAUGAAGUAUGAAGGCUUAACGACACAAACUAAUAUGGCGCUGGGUACAAAGGAACAAGCAUUUGAACAAGAGAUCAACGUUAGAGCUCUAAAGCAAUGCUACAGGGAAGCAAGAGAAGAAAUCGAUGAGUUGAGAUUGCUAAUGAAAGAACAGAAUAAUCAAUUGCAAGAUUAUCGUGUCAAGUAUCUUCAAGCUCAGCAGUUAGUUGAAGAACAGCGGAGGCAAAUGGACAUGAUGGAUAUGGAUAAUUCUAGGAUCAGUGAACAGAUUAAUCUUGAGAUACAAAGAGUUAAGCUCAAAUUCCAAGAGAAACUACAAGAGUUAGCUCCAAUCCCUGAUCUUUUGAAAGCAACUCAGAUAAGACUGAAAGAUGCUCAACAGUCGCAGGCUAUAGCUGAGCAUAAUGCAGAACAACUAGCAAGAGAACUGAAUUGUGCACGAGAAAAGGUUCACGCGCUCCUACAUAACAGUAUAAAGCCACCAGAAAAAGGCCCAGAAAGAGGUGGCGAAGAAAAACAAAUUGCACUAUUACAACAAAGAAUUACGCAACUCUCAGAAAUUAAUAUGUCUCAUAAAAAUGAAAUUGAGCGCCUCAAAGCUAAUAUGAUACGGAUGGAGGAAUCCGUACUUGCAAAUGAAAAGCGUCUGCAAGAGAAGAUGCACGAAUGUGCACAGCUGGGUGGAGAACUAGAUAGAGCUCGCGACGAAGCUUCCCGGGCACUGCAACGUGCCAACGAGCGCACGGAAACAUUGCGAAAGUGUAUGCAGACUACGAUAGGUGAAUUAGAAAGGCAACUGGCAGCUACAAGGGCACAAGUUAAAACUUCAGAAAAAGAGAGACAGGAAGUGCAAAAUCGUAUGCAGUGCCAGAUAAAGAGAUUAAGUGAAAACUUCGAACAAGCACAACUGCGCAUACUUGGCCUUAACACACAAGUGAACGCUUUAAGACAUGCUGUAUCUAGUACUGGAGAAGGGGAAGGUGAUGUUGAUGCGCAAGAAUGUGCAUGUAAAUCAUUCUUUGACAAUGCCUAAUUAU